UGGGUACUGCCAGGCAGGGAAGCAGCUGGAUGUACGCGAGCCGUGACGUGCAAUUAUUCACAUUUUUUAACUUAUACAUACGAGAUUUAAUGCAUGCGUGAAAGUCACGAGGAACCGGUGCACCCGCUGUUUUCAACGUCUGAGAGGAAAUAUAAGUUGGGUAGCCUAGCGUAAGAAUGGAAAUGAGUAGUUAGCUUGGGGGCUAGCUAGCUAACGUUAGCUAGGUUAUGAUAGCAUCUCUUUUUUUUUUUUUUUUACUAUGGACGCUUGGCUAUCGGCAAAAUGUCACACCUGGUUGACCUGCACUGUACAACAUACUCCAAAUAAGACACUGGUUUUGUCUGUUUCAUUGGCUACGUGACAGGUGUAGUUGGUGUGUCUGAUAGUAAUGUUAGCUCGCAGAUUCCAGGUCGAGCCAGGAGUCGUUUUUAUGGUUGCACGGACCUUUUAAAACUAGCUAGCUAACGGUAUUGCUUUUUAGUGUUGCAGUGUGUAGACAAGUCAGUUACAGUUAGAAGUCAUUGCAACUUAUCGUAAGCUUUUGGAGCGACGACUUUACUUCUCUUAUGACAAAACAGCAAUGACUGCAUGAUUGUCUGAAGCAGGAGAAUGAGUGGGCGCUUGGAAAGGAGAGGAUGCCACCAUCUUUCACCGAAGACUGUCCAGCUUAACCUAUCGAUUAGCUGACCAACAAUUGCUGGAGACGACUGGGAAGCACACGGAGUUCGUUAGUGAGAAGCUAUUGCUCUCGGCUUUAUUGUCUCGUCCAGCUCUUUUGGUCCAUGGCUGCAGUUAGUGGUAUUAACAUGCCGUCUCAGGUCGGAGACGUAUCACUGUCAGGUCCAGGAAUGGCAGGACUGCCUGCUGUGUCCUUUACCAACACGUCGGUGUCGGCCAGCCCGACGCCAGGUACUGAUAACCGGGGGUGCGAGAAUGGCGCCUUGAUGGACUCGUUUGGGAUUUUCCUGCAAGGACUUCUGGCUGUGGUGGCUUUCAGCACGCUGAUGUUAAAACGCUUCAGGGAGCCAAAACAUGAGAGGAGACCCUGGAGGAUCUGGUUUCUGGACACCUCAAAACAGGCCAUUGGGAUGCUGUUUAUCCACUUUGCUAAUGUCUACUUGUCUGACCUCACAGAGGAGGAUCCUUGUUCACUAUAUCUCAUCAACUUCCUGUUGGAUGCUUCUCUGGGCAUGUUGCUGAUCUAUGCUGGGGUGAGAGCUGUCAGUGCUAUUGUAGAGUGGAGGCAGUGGGACUCUCUGCGUUUUGGAGAAUAUGGUGAGCCAGUGCAGUGCACAGCGUGGUUGGGCCAGUGUAUCCUCUACAUCCUCAUCAUGAUGUUUGAGAAAGUCCUUAUCAUGCUGGUCCUCCUCAUCCCCCAGUGGAAGAAGCUGGCUCUCCUCAACCCCAUAGAGAAUCCUGACCUGGAACUGGCUAUUGUCAUGCUCAUCGUUCCAUUCUUCAUCAACGCCCUCAUGUUCUGGGUGGUAGAUAAUUUCCUAAUGAAGAAGCACAGGACAAAAGCAAAACUGGAGGAGGAGGAGUCACGAGGGAGCAGCAGGUAACGCUACAGACGAACUCUGUCCCAUGAUGACUCAGAGUCGGAGUGGUCUACAUGCACAGCGGGCCAGUGGCGCAAUGGAUAACGCGUCUGACUACGGAUCAGAAGAUUCUAGGUUCGACUCCUGGCUGGCUCGUAUGUUUUUUUUCUAGUGGCUUUCAUUUGGCUGAAAUGCAGCAUUAGUUGAUGUGCAUUAUCAAAAUAAAAUAAUCAGUCUAUCAGGUUUUGGUGAGAGGAGAAGAGUCUUACAGUCAAGUUAGUUUAUGUUUGCUUCACAUACAUUUUAGCAUUACAUUUUAGCAUUACAUUUUAUCAGCGGUGGAAAGUAGGUAUACCGUAUUUCAUAAAUUGUAAGGCCUACUUUUAAUUGAGAAUUUUAAUUUUCUUCUAUUUUAUAGGCUACUUCUACUCCUAUAAUUCAGAGUCAAGU